GCAGAACUUCGGUCCAUCAGCCUAUGCAUUCAUGUAUCAUCUACCAUCUCACUCUUGCUAAAAUCAGUGAGAGGCAAAUCAUGCUGAAACGUAGACUACAUGUACAUGACUUCGAUGUGCUGGGCACUCAAGGCAAAGGGAGGACAGGGAAAAGUCGAAUAUUCACGUGAUGGAGACGGUGGCGUGGUUCCUUCCGUGCGAAAGCAAAAGCGGCACAGUAGUGAUGACUGUCAAUGCGAAAUUUGAAGGUGGGACCGGCCUAGUCUUGCGGUAAUAGUUCAACUACGAGCACAAGAUGCCCGCACCAAAACGACGUGGCCGAAGCUUCCCCCUGAAGACAAGUGCCUGUUUCAAAGAAUGCGAAAGGCCCAACGCCUGUGAGAGUAUAUGGCAGACAUCUGCUGCACAUCAGAACUUGCAGGUGCCUGCCUGCAUUGGUCACACUCCCCCGACUCUAGGAAUUAUGAACUCUCGGAAAGUUUGAAUUUUUUGGGUUAACCUGAAAUUGCGAAAAGGGGGAGCACGACUGUGAAUAGGGGGAAGAUCUCUCACAAUCAACCUCAUGACAUUCCCGUCUGAGGAUCUGAUAAACGGAUGGCUCGUAUGCUGCGUGUUUCACAAGCCGAAGCCGAUUUUCUGAAAGUUGAACUUGUGAUUCCCUCUUCGACGAGAGGUCGCAGUCUUGGAUUUCGUCGAUUUUACUGUUUGAGGGGAAAGAUGAGGGAGUCGGAAUUCAAUAGUAUUACUUCUUCUUCUGUCUAAGGCGAAUCUUUUUGGCUUCGAGGGAAGCUGAAAUUUCGAAUUAUCGUGUUUGUUUUGAAAAUGGCGUCAUCCGGGAAAGCGACUGAGAUGUCUUCUCUGUCGACGCCACGGCGCAUGUUCAGCCUGCGCAUAGUCAAUUUGGAUUUCUAUAUGGCUCCCCCUUUACCCGGCAUAGACGUUUGCUACUCUGAGUUCCAAGGCCACGGUAUACGGGAGGUUCCUGUGGUCCGAAUUUUCGGUAGCACAACUUCUGGGCAGAGUACUUGUUUGCAUCUGCACAAGGCAUUUCCUUAUUUUUACGUGCCUUACGACAGUGAACUUCCGCAAGAAGUGAAUGAAGCUUUGUCAUUUGUUCGCCGUUUGGCAUCAUCCAUUGAAAAGGCGAUGAAGAUAUCGAGUUCUGUGGGUGCAAAACGACAGCAUCUUCACAGCUGCAGCCUGGUGCGAGGAAAGAAGUUUUAUGGAUAUCAUCCCAAUGAGCAACUAUUUAUCAAGAUUGUGCUAUAUUAUCCGCAAGAGGUAUCUCGAGUAAGCACAUUGCUUUUGAGUGGUGGACUCAUGAACCACAAGUUUCAGCCCCACGAAGCUCAUUUUCCAUAUUUGCUGCAAAUUUUGAUCGAUCACAAUCUGUGCGGGAUGGGUCAUCUACAUUUAUCCAGUUUGAAGUUUCGCAAUCCGCUCCCAGAAAUCCCCUCAGAUCUGAUUUCUUCGAUAAAGCGUGUCAAAAUGGACUUCACUUACCGGGAGGCGAUUCCUCCAGUUGAGACAUCUGCUGUGGAUCCUGCAGAGGAUUAUUCUUCUCUAAAAGAAGGUUUGGAAAAGGAGAAGGCUCUGUCAAUAUUUCCACAGCCAAUGAAAGAAGAUACACUGAGCACACUUCCUGCCUUCAGGUCAUCUUCUCUCGCUGUCAAUCCAGCGACAAUAAAAGUGGACUCUUUGGGCACACUUCCUGGUUCCAAUCCUUCUUCUCCAGUUAUUUAUUUGAGGUCGGUGAAAGAGGAGACGUCCAGCGCGCCUCCUGGCUCCAAGUCAUCUUCUCCUGCUGUUUGGCAAGUUAAAGACGAGGCAUUCAGCGUCCUGCCUCAUGUGAAGUUAUCUUCCCCCAUUAUCAAUCAUAUGAUGACGAAGGACGAUAUACUGAGCCCACUGCAUGGUUCCAAGUCAUCGCCUCCAACCGCUCACCUAACAACUCUCGCUGUAGGAAGCCAGUUAGAAAUAUGGGUACAGAAUAGUAUCCCUCGAGACUGGAUUUGGCCUUUAAUUGCAUCAGACAACAUGCACACUGAAAUUCAAGGGCAAGGACUAUAUUCUAAGCAGAGCACGUGUGAGCUCGAAGCUGAUGCAUGUGUUGAAGACAUACUCAAUAGAAGUGAACUUCUUUUCCUGCCUCUACAACAAGCAGGGCCGGAGAUAAAGAUGGUCCAAUCACUGACGCCUAUGUGGGAGGAAGAACGAGCUAGGAGUGGAGAAAGCGGGCCAGCAGGAUCAGUAGAUCCUCUAUACCAACCCACAGCUCGCACUUCUCCCAUCCCAUCUCCCUUUGAGCAGGCGAUGCGGGAGACCCUGUACCAAAUCGCCCAGGCAGAAGAAGCGGAGAUUGGUGCAAAAAAUGAUUCACGAAGUGGUUCUCCACAAUCUGACUUAGGAUCUGGAACCCAAUCAUUUGUAGAAAUUUCUACACUGCUGGGCUCGCAGCAGGAACUGAAGGUUUCACUUGGAUCAGCUGAUAGUGAUGCUCUUCAUUCCGACGAAGAUGAACCUGACGAAAGGCAGCGGUCUUCAGUACCAUUGGAACCUGAAUCUAAAGCGCGUCCAUCAGAGUCAACACAAACUGGGCUUGAGUUGACAAGUAUUUUUUCGCCACAUGGUGAAGGUCCAUCCACUGCCCGCGCUCAUGUGGGCAAAAGUUUUGGGAGUUCAAGGAGAAACCAGUUGAAAAGUUCCAGUAUGGAUGCGGCGAAGGAUGGAGGAAGUUAUGCCAUUAACGAGGAAAUUAUAAAGAAACAACUCUCUCAAAGAUGCACGUCGCAGGACCUCGACAAGGAAGUUGCAGAGUUUUUACGGUGGAUGGGCAGUAGUCAACUGGACUUCAAUGAUCAGGAGGAUGGACAUCCCGAUGAUAAAGAUGGUCAAAUUGCUCAGAUGGGCCUUAGUCAGAUGUUCAGCUCACCAGGUAUGGAUGAAGCAUUACUGAAGGCUCUGGCUGAAUACGAAAAUGCGACAGAAGAAGAAUGUCAGGCCAUCUUAGACUGCGCCAAUAUGAUGGACGAAGAAGAUCAAGAUUUAGCCGACUACCAGGAAAAUUUGUUUACACAUGUUCGCGCUCAAGAGGAAGGAGACAAAAGUGAGAAAGCUUUUACGGCUCCUCUUAAUAGAAAUCGACCUUCCGAUUCAAUAAGGGAGAGUGGGCGGGAAGGUGCUCCACCUUUCAUACCACAGACGGAUGGGGCUGGUGAUGAAGAUGACAUAGCAGAUGAGGGAGAUCAACAUUUGCAAUCUGUCUUCUCGAAAAGGCCAAGGUUUGAUAAACAGGAUGCAUCUGUAUCUAGGCAGAAGCAUACUAGAUUGACGAGGGGGAACCAGAGUCUGAGUAAAGAACAAAAUACAGAAGUUUCUUUGCGAGACAUGAUGCGGAAACGGCGAGAGCGAAAACCUGGUAGGAAAGAGUUGUGGUCUCCAUCUUCAUCGAUUCUAGAGGAUGUUUCGUCUGAGGUGGGGCCGCUAGAUUCGAGUGAUAGCACUAGAAAACGACCGAGUAUUGUUCAAAAGCGCCCAAGGGACACUGUUUUGCAGGAUCAAUCGAUGCUGGUUUCUCUCAUGGAAGACUCGCCACAGAGUAAUAGCAUUUUAGAAUCCACUUCCAGAGGAACAUCAGUAAAUAAAUAUUCAACUGCCAAAAGAAUUGGCAAAGUAAUCAGCAAGUCAGAUUAUGCGAACCAGUUGCUCACAUCUAGAUAUGGUACUCUACCGAUUGUUACACUGAAAUAUGACAGUGCUGAUGUUAACUGUCCCUCUAAAGAAUUACUGGAGAAAGAUUCAGAAGCUUGUAGAAACAGUUCCAGAGAGCAUCAGGGAACUUCUGAACAUAAAAGUAGUCUUCAGCUUCUACCUGAAGGCUCAUCACAGACUUCUCUCAGACAUUAUUUUGUGGCUACGGAGGUUGCUGGCGAUGAGAAUACCGGAAUGCAGAGCAGAGGAGACGAUCGUGAUUGUGGAGGAGGUUCGAGGUAUUUCUGCUUGGAUCAGGCGUCUCAUAAGGAGGACUCUUCUGAUAGCCUAUUGAAUGCCCAUGGCUGUGACACACUUCAAGUCAGAGAAUCGCAUGAGGCUGAUGUACAGUUAAGAAAGGUAGAAUCUUUUCCUGAGGUUGAGUCACCAGAAGAAGAUGACUACUUUGUGGCACAGACUCAGUUUUUAAACAUAGCUGUACCUCAAUCUCCCCAGAUUAGUGAACUACAUACUGGUCAUCAUGUUGAUGAUGUCAAUGUCUCAUCUCAGGAUGCAGAAGCUUUGAUGCUGUCUCAAACCCCAAUGCUAGCUUUCCCGGUACUCACUUCUCAAAAUCGCAGGAAGUACCUUGAGAAUAGAGAUGGUAUGAGAGUGCGAGAUGAAGCCUACGUGGAUCCUGAUUUGGUCAAGAAAGCUCAAGUCGUGAAGCCCGAUGUCUCUUGUAUGGUUGAAGUACGUCCAGUGGAGUUUGAGAGUAGAGAUAAUUUAGAACUCGAAGUUCGAGAAAGUGAUGGUCUUCAUGUAGAACAGACACAGAUUCUGAGCCCGUUCAUUCCUUUCUUGGAUAGCCGAGAACCAAGAAUUCCAGACGACCACAUUGUGGACAAUGACGGAUUCGGCAUAGGAGACGAGGAUGAAGAACUUGCAGGUCAGACCCAGAUUUUAGAGCUUGAAAACACUCAUGGUGCUUCUCGAAGAACGCUAACUGAGAUUGUAGAGUGUGAUGUAGCUGAUAUGGAGGAUGAAGCUGUGAACCAGACUCAGGUCGUGAACCCUGAGAUACCUCUAAAUAACAGUGCACACAGGUGCGAGCCCGGAGUUUUUCUGGAGGAAGGGAGAGACUGUGACAUUGUCGACGAGGAUGCAGAAUUUGGGACUCCAACUCACGUGCUGGAGGGUUGCUCUCCCCAAGAUCCUGAUUCAGGUCCUAAGGAAUCCUACAAGUAUGCGGAGGAAAUGGACGACGAAUAUGGACCUGACGAUGAAUUUCACAGACAAUCUCAAAAGUUAAAACUGGACAUUUCUUCGGCAGCUGAGAUUCAUUUACUUGACACAGGUGAUGAUUUAGAACAAAUGAAAGGAGGCGAUCGUCUUCAGGAAGGGAGUGAGACUCGUUCCAAGACGCAACUUCUAAUACCAAAAAAGGUUCUUCCUUCAGUACCUUUUUGUCGAACCACUUUAGAAGUAUCGACAAGUGGAAGUCCGGGUGACUUUCUUAAGCCAGAGAUACCGAAGGUUAUGGGAGUGGAGAUGAUAUCCAGUCUGCAAAGUGGUUUGCCUGCGAAGAUUCUCAGGAAUCCUCAAGAAACAGACAUACCAUCAUUUUUUCCUGGCGGAAAAUCAGAUUGCUUAGUAAGAGACGCUGAAAUUCCAGCAGGUGGUGUAAAAUCCUUGGAAGGGCGAAAUUGUGACCAAACAAUUCCUACUCAAUACCUCUUUUGUGAUAUUUCAGACGACAGCGAGGCAAGCUAUGACUCCGAACAGGAGAGAUGGUCUAACGAUGGAGGAGCAAGUACAACAGCCUUUUUUGACCAGAAAGAGAUUGCAGAACUGGGCAGCCCUUCUUGUGCAGAUGAUCACGUAAAGGAAAGGUGGUUGACAACGGGCAGAGAGAUUGGAUCUAGCGGUGCAGCUGCUCUUGAAGAUAACCAGGAUCUGAUUACAGGAAAAGCGGCCAGGACAGCUAGUGAAGAAACACCUAGAAGAAUGAUUGAUCCUAACAGGUUGGACCAGGCUACUGGCCAUGCUUACGUAACAGUUUCACCCUCCCGUUCUGAAGCUGAUGAGAAAGGUCAAGGUGUUGAAGGAAUUAGGGGACGAUUUACUGUAGAAGGAGAUGCAGAAGAAUAUGUUGGUCCAAACACUGUAGGGAUGCAUUCCACUCAAUACCUUUUCACUGAUAUGUCAGAUGAUAGUGACGCAAGCUACGACUCAGGACGAGAUGGACGAGAAAGAGACUCUUCUUGGAAUGCAGCGGAAGAGUUCUUUGCAGAUGAGGAGAAAGAUGUAGGAACAAGUCUCCUCGUCGCAGAGGAGGGACUAUUCUCUGGCUCGCAUACCGAAAGAGAAUCAGGUCUAACGGCGUUUGACCAUGAAGAGGAUCGUCGCAUGGCUGAGGCGAGUCACCAUGGCACUGCAGUGCAUGUGCCUUUUUCUGUAAAUGUAAUAGUUGGGAAAGAAAGGCAAAACUCUGAUCUCGUUCUUCUAGAGAACUUUCACAGUAAGCCUGGUACUGAAGUCUCGCAUCCCAUCUGUUCAUCCACAAAAUAUUCAAACUCUUUGGAAAUUGGAGUUCUGAAGACUUCUUUGUUGACUAGUGGGGGUUUGGAACCCCAAACUACAAGUCCUCUGCGGGCCUCUGGGUUAUCAUCUGUUUCUCCACAUUUUUUUUCGGGAACUUCUUCUGGCUCUACAACUUGCGGUGUCUGCUAUGGUCCCGAGGAGGAUGUCAAAUCGUUGGCUGUAUCAGGCCUGAAGUUGGUAGAAGAAGAGGACAGACCAGUCAUGAUGAACGAAAAGGAUCGGCACCUUUCUACCGAAAGUUGUCUCCAUGCGUCUAUGAAUCGUGGUAUUAUGGGUGCCAUCAUGGACACAAAACAUGUCCAACUCGAUGUACAGAGUCACCCUGAGGCGCCUGAGUACACGGAUUGGAAAUCAGCAUUAGCUCUAGUGCCCUUUCCAAAGAAUCUUGACGAGCAGCAACUUAUUCCUUUAAUCUUUCAUCAGCGACCUCCAACCAAAGAGCAGGUUUUAGAAACCUCCAAAGAGUUUUUCUGCCAUCACAAAGAAGAUGAUGUCUUUUAUGGAAAUAUAAAAGAUGUUUCUGAUCAUCCCGUGGUCCGAGCAGGUUUGGUAUUUGAUGUGAGGUCAAGAGAGGCUGUUCACUUGAGGCGUUUUCAGUUUGGGAGAUCAAGUAGGAGAAGCAACUUUGACGAGGGUUCAAAGAAUCGUGUGUACAUACAGCAAGAAGGUUGGGGACGUGAAGAUUUCUCGGGUCCUAUCGCUGGAAUACCCAAGUAUAUUGAGAAUGAUGGGACGUUGUUUUAUCUUAUCACCCUGGCCAAGGCCCCACCCUCACCUAGAUCUGUCAAGCAGUGGCUGUCCCUGCAAUCUGUACAACGACUGGACAUUUCGAAGGGCAUUGUUGCAGGAGGGCAGCAGCUAUUCACCAUGGACUCGAAUACAGGCAAACUUGUACCUUUAGUAGAAAUAGGUAGUGCAGCUAACAGUCAGGAAUCGGUUCCGAAGACGGAAUGCUCAGAAGAGGAUGGAGAAUUUGUACGACCAGCCUCUCCAAAAUAUGAUGAACGACAUGUCUUCUAUUUGACGCAUUCUUCAUCGAUGUUACCAUCUUCGCACGGUUUCUCUCAAAGGAGGCCAAAUGCCCUGAAGUAUGGCGAUCAUUCUGGCACUUCUUCUCUGCAUAAUCCGUCCGAGGAAGGAAAAGAUAAAUUUGAUAGACUGCCACCUUUGGCACCCUGUACUGCUCAAACAUCAGAACAGAAGUCAUUAGCUAUGGCCGAAAGAACCACAAGGGAGGACUUGUCGUUGAAGAAAUCAAGCGUCGCAAAGCCAGUUGACUCAGGAGUCAGGGCAUUGCUUAACAGAAAGCUAAACAUAGACGUCACUACAAGAGCAAGAGGGAAGCACUGGCGUGAUAUUUCACAGAUGACUGCUUUUUCUCCAGCUGCGGAAACACCUUUAAGUCAGUCUGGAUUUCGUGACCCUGCGAGUUCAGGUCUUGGUCAGCAGAUUACUUUGAUGAGCGUCGAAGCAUUUGCCGAGACCCGCGGAGAGUUGCUUCCUGACCCGCGUUAUGACGCAAUUGGCUGUAUUGUCCUGGUUCUCCACGAAGAUUGUGGUAGAACAGGCAGUACGACCACAACCGUGGCCCUUGUUCGUGACGAGGAAGCUUAUUCCACCAGACGGUAUCCAGAUGGCAUUCAGGGCUGCGAAAUGAUAUAUUUACCCAAUGAGAAAACCCUUUUCAAAUGCUUUGCCCAUUUGGUACGACUAUGUGAUCCUGAUAUGCUCAUUGGUUGGGAGGUUCAAGGAUUUUCAUUGGGAUUAUUGGCGGAGAGAGCGGCUAAUUUGGGAAUAAGUCUGUUGAAACAGCUCUCCCGUAUACCACCAAAGUCCACUGCUGCUUCAGAGCUUCUUGAUAAAGAAGUGGGUACUGAAGAUCAAGCUGAAGCAGCGUUCUUCGAUAGAGUGCCCGUAGAGACAGUAGGUGCUGAUGAGCCAAUCAUCGACGACGAAUGGGGUCGAACUCAUGGAAGCGGACUGUACAUCGGUGGUCGAACAGUUCUCAAUGCCUGGCGGAUUAUGAGAGGAGAGGUUAAACUUAAUAUAUACUCUAUUGAAGCGGUUGCUGAAGCUGUGUUGAGAAGGAGAGUGCCGCGACUACCUUGGCAAACUCUUACACGAUGUUUCACGCGUGGACCUUCUGGAGGACGUCACCAUUGCAUCCAAUAUUUUAUCGACCGGGCAAGAUUAACUCUGGAGAUUAUGGAACAGCUUGAUUUGAUGAAUCGCACAGCAGAGCUCGCGCGAGUCUUUGGAAUUGACUUCUAUUCAGUGUUCUCUCGAGGUUCUCAAUUUCGAGUGGAAUCUAUGAUGGCAAGACUUGCACAUACUCAGAAUUAUCUGCUUGUAUCUCCUACAAGGCAGCAGGUUGCUGAUCAACCUGGUAUGCAGUGCCUUCCUUUGGUUAUGGAGCCGGAGUCAAGGUUUUACAAUAGCCCUGUAAUUGUCCUAGACUUCCAAUCUCUGUACCCAUCGAUGAUAAUUGCAUACAACCUGUGCUUCUCCACAUGUUUGGGAAAACUUUCUGCAGACAACCCGAAGGUUCUUGGUGUGACCAAGCUAAAGCUGGAUCCAGGAAGCUUAUCAAGCUUGAAGGAGGCCAUGACAAUUACUCCUAAUGGUGUCAUGUUCGCGCCUAAAGAGGUUCUUCCUGGUGUGCUUCCAAGGCUACUGCAAGAGAUACUAUCAACCAGAAUAAUGGUGAAAAAAGCCAUGAAAAAAUUGGCUCCGGAUGAGCGAGUUUUAGAAAGAGUUAUGAACGCCAGACAGUUUGCACUGAAGUUGAUUGCCAACGUGACUUAUGGCUACACAGCUGCGGGCUUCAGUGGACGUAUGCCAUGUGCAGAGAUAGCAGAUAGCAUCGUGCAAUGUGGUCGGCUCACGCUUGAACGAGCUAUCAACAUGGUCAAUACGCAUCCUCGUUGGAAUGCACGGGUUGUGUAUGGCGACACAGACAGUAUGUUUGUUCUGUGUGAAGGUCGUACAAAGGAUGAGGCCUUCAAAAUUGGCCAAGAGAUUGUAGCGUCGGUCACGGAGACAAACCCUCCUCCUGUAACUUUAAAGCUGGAAAAAGUCUAUCUCCCUUGUGUUCUACUCACUAAGAAGCGGUACGUGGGAUACAGUUAUGAGAGCGCUUCUCAGGUCAAACCGAUUUUUGAUGCGAAGGGUAUAGAAACUAUCCGCCGUGAUACCUGUCCAGCUGUUGCGAAAGCAGUAGAGCAUUCUCUGCGCAUACUCUUCGAGUCUCAAGACCUUUCCCAGGUCAAGCAAUACCUCCAACGACAGUGGGGGAAGAUAUUAAGCGGUCGUGUAUCAAUUCAAGAUUUCGUUUUUGCCAAAGAGGUUCGUCUUGGAACUUACAGUGCUCGCUCGCCAGUUCUGCCACCGGCUGCAAUUGUGGCCUCUAAGGCAAUGGCGGUCGAUCCAAGAGCUGAACCGCGUUAUGCAGAGAGAAUACCAUACGUGGUUGUCCAUGGAGAGCCAGGUGCACGUCUCGUGGACAUGGUUGUUGAUCCACUUACUUUGAUUACACAGCCCUCUUUGCGCUUGCAUGACACUUACUACAUCACAAAACAAAUCAUCCCAGCAUGCCAGAGAAUUUUCAUGCUUGUCGGUGUUGACUUGAGGGCGUGGUUCAGCGAAAUGCCUAGAGUUUAUCGACCUCCUACCUCCAAACGGGUCGCAAAUCUGGCAAUGGGCGCCAGGAGUACCCGUUGGGAUCCCGAUGCGAGAAAGUUGAGAAAGAUGGGACACGGGCUAAGACACGGUACCAUCGAUCAGUACUUCCUAUCACGGCACUGUACUAUAUGUGGAGAAUUUACCCGUGCUUCUCAGCUUCUGUGCAGCGUUUGUUUUGCCAAUCCCAGAGCUGCUGCAAUUUUACUGCCAGGAAGAACCGCUCGUUUAGAAAAGGAGUACAAGCAUCUUCAAGCUAUCUGCCGUCACUGCGGAGGUGGAGACGGGGGGCCUGAAGGGAACAUUGCUUGCAUUUCUCUUGACUGCUCUGUCUUCUUUGAACUCCGGAAAGUGCAUCGAGAACUUACAGCGGCUGGGGCUGUGUCAAAUGACCUGGGGUACUAUCCUCCAUGUCUGCCCGAGUUAUUCUGAGAAUAGAGUUGAAAAUGAAGAGAUACUACAACAGAAAAAAUGUAAGAUUGGCGACCGAAUAGAAUUAGCAUUUUAACCUUUUUCUCGACACAGAUUUCCCUUGUUUAGUGCAAAUGUAUAAACAGUUACAAAAUAGUUGAAGUCUGAAAGUUAGCCAUCUGCGGAAAAUGUGUACGUAGUUUACAUUCGGGUUGCGAAGGCAGAUGACAUCUGGAUAAAGCAUUAGAGAUAUUUUAUCUUGAGAUGGACAAUCUUCUAUGUAGAUUGUCUAUUGAAGUUAUGUAAAUAUAGUAGUUUAGGUCAGGUCCAUUGUCAAUGUACAGAUUGUCUGGCUGACUGUGAUCCCUUUCGAAGAUUAGGAAAUGUUUCUCGUCCAUCACGUUGAGUGGACAGUCAACGGGUCUGCCAAUUUUUGUGUCUUGGAGCUACGGUUGGA